AGUUUCGUCGCGCCGGUGUUCUUCUUCCAGCAGCUGUGCAUCAAAACGACUAGCCUUUGUCUACCGACUCGCGAAUCAAAACCCUUACUCACAGAUCAAAAACCCCCAAUUCGAAACCCUAAUCCUACAAUCUAUUCAGAUCCAAACACAGGAAGGGAGUUCUCUGCUCGCUAGUUGACAAACACAAUAUGUAUCAUCCUACUAGAGGUGGAGUUCGUGGUGGUCGAGAUCAGUUUAGUUGGGACGAUGUUAAGGUUGACAAGCACCGUGAGAAUUACCUUGGCCACAGUAUCAAGGCCCCUGUUGGUAGAUGGCAAAAAGGUAAGGAUCUAAACUGGUAUAGCAGAGACAAAAAAACAUUGAGUGCUGAAAUGGAUGCUGCAAAAGAGGAGAUUAAAAGAAUUAAGGAGGAAGAGGAUCAGGCUAUGAGGGAGGCUCUUGGCUUAGCUCCUAAGCGUGCAAACCGAGCUCAAGGCAAUCGGCUUGAUAAGCAUGAGCUCUCAGAACUUGUGAAGCGAGGUUCUACUGCAGAGGACUUGGGUGAAGGGCAUGCUGAAGCAGCACACGUACAUGGUCUUGGUUUUUCAAGAGCACCUGUCCCUUGGGAUGAUUCAACUUCUCUUCAGCCUUCAGUCAAGGGGGGUGCAAGUGUACCUAAAAUGGAAGAUUUUCCUGUGCCUAAACUUACACCAAAAGAAAACGUUGAAGAGGAGUCCGAGGAUGAAAGCAGUCGAAGGAAAAGGAGGCGUGAAGAGAGGAAGCACGAGAAACAUGAGAGGCGUGAGAAACGUGAGAAGCAUGAAAAAGGGCAUUCCUCAGACGAGAGGAAACAUAGGAAAGACAAGGAGAAGAGGAGACAUGCUUAGGACUUUGAAUAAAUGUUUCAGCUUCAAAAGCCUUUGGGAUCCAUCAGAACCUUCAAAUGGAUAUGAUCCUUUGUUGGUGGUCAACCUCAUCCUAACUGUGUCGUCUGCAUCUAUAUUGUAUGAGACAAUUUCAGAAGUACACUUGAUGCAAUGAUUGUACUUGUUAUUAUCAAUACUAUGCCAUCUGUAAGGAAUAUUAAUUUGCGCAAUCCAGUCCCCUGCGACACAGUUCAGUUUCAGGGCUUCAUGUCUUGGAAUUA